AUUUCACUUAUUGAUCUGAUCACGUCCCCCUAUAUGUAUAUUUUUAUAUAUUUCCUUGAAGUAUCCCUAUAUUUAUAUUUAUAUUUAUAGGGUAUCUAUAGAAAUAAACUAAUAUUUCAGACUUUGAAGGGAAUAUUCCAUCAAAUAUAUGGAAAUGCAAACAUCUCGAGAACUUAGGGUUAGACUUCAACAAUCUCAGUGGCAACAUUCCUCCUACAAUUCAAAAUGCGAGCAUGCUUAGAGAAUUGUACUUGGGAUACAAUCAUUUCACAGGUGAAUUACCACAAGAGAUUGGCACUAUGCCAAUGCUUGAGAGCUUCAGUUUGUCCGGAAAUUCUUUAUAUGGAUCCAUCCCAUCUUCCAUAUUCAACUCAUCAACCUUGAAGCGAUUGGGACUCUCAUUCAAUGAGUUUUCAGGCAUUCUUCCUUCAGAUAUAGGCCAUUCAUCUAGCAAUCUUGAAGUGCUUCUUCUAACUUAUAACAAAUUCAGUGGCCAAAUUCCAAAUUCUAUCAUCAAUGCUUCAAAACUUACCAUCUUAGAGAUUACUGGAAACUCAUUCAGUGGCUCCAUACCCUACUUUGGUAAUUUGAAGUUCCUUCAACGACUUCUCAUCUCAGAAAACAACUUGACUGGAGCGGAAUUUCCAACUCAAGAGUUGACAUUUAUCUCUUCAUUAAGUAAUUGUCGAGAUUUGAAGUACUUGGAUGUUGCAAGCAAUCCACUGAAUGGCUUACUACCCGCUUCACUUUGGAAUUUUUCUUCAUCUCUUCAGACUAUUAAAGCAUCUAACAACAAUAUCAUGGGUGUCAUUCCGCCUCAAGUAGGAAAUUUAACUAGUUUGCUCAACAUAUACAUGGAUGGAAAUCAACUGAGAGGAACCAUUCCACCAACAAUUGGGGAAUUGAAGCAACUCCAAAGAUUAUAUCUUGGUCGCAAUCAAUUGGUAGGGUCUAUUCCUCACGAUGUUUGCAAGAUGAAUAAUUUGGGGGAGUUGAGUCUUUCUAGUAACAUGUUAGUAGGUCCAAUACCUGAAUGUUUGGGUGAAGUCAAAUCUUUGAAAAUGAUCAACUUUGGCUCCAACCUAUUGAAUUCAACCAUCCCUGCUAACUUGUGGUUUCUCACAGACCUUGUGUCAUUGAGAUUAUCCUCCAAUAAUCUGAAUGGUCCAUUGUCGUCUCAGCUUGGAAAUUUAAAGUUGAUCAGAUCGUUGGAUUUGUCGGCUAACCAACUUUCAGGUGAUAUUCCCGGCUCGAUUGAUGGUUGCCAAACAUUAGACUUUCUUAACCUAUCAUAUAAUUUGUUUAGCGGACCCAUUCCUCAAUCCUUGGGAAAGGUUAGGGGUUUGAUAACAUUGGACUUGUCUUACAAUAAUAUUUCCGGAUCAAUACCUGAAUGUUUGGGUGAAGUCAAAUCUUUGAAAAUGAUCAACUUUGCCUCCAACCUAUUGAAUUCAACCAUCCCUGCUAACUUGUGGUCUCUCACAGACCUUGUGACAUUGAGAUUAUCCUCCAAUAAUCUGAAUGGUCCAUUGUCGUCUCGGCUUGGAAAUUUAAAGUUGAUCAGAUGGUUGGAUUUGUCGGCUAACCAACUUUCAGGUGAUAUUCCCGGCUCGAUUGAUGGUUGCCAAACAUUAGACUUUCUUAACCUAUCAUAUAAUUUGUUUAGCGGACCCAUUCCUCAAUCCUUGGGAAAGGUUAGGGGUUUGAUAACAUUGGACUUGUCUUACAAUAAUAUUUCCGGAUCAAUACCUGAAUGUUUGGGUGAAGUCAAAUCUUUGAAAAUGAUCAACUUUGCCUCCAACCUAUUGAAUUCAAUCAUUCCUCACCAGUUGUGGAAUCUUAGAGAUCUCAUUUCUUUGAAUUUGUCCUCCAAUUUCUUGAGCGGUCAAUUGACAUAUCAGCUAGGCAAUUUAAAGUUAAUCACCUUUUUGGAUUUGUCAUUUAAUAAGUUUUCCGGCGAUAUUCCAAUCACAAUUGGUGGUUGUCAAUCAUUAGAAUUUGUUGAUUUAUCAAAUAAUCGGUUUGAAGGAUUUAUUCCUAACUCGUUGGGUUAUGUCAAAGGCUUGACAAUAUUGGAUUUAUCUUACAAUAAUCUGUCUGGAUCGAUACCCGACUCCUUAGUAGACCUCCCUUUUCUUCAGAAGUUUAACGUCUCUAACAACGAAUUAGAGGGGAGAAUUCCAGAUGGAGGUUUUUUUCAAAACCUCACUGCUCAAUCUUUUUCCAAUAAUUUAGCCCUAUGUGGUCCAUCGAGAUUUCUAGUUCAUCCUUGCCCAAAAGAUGAUGGUGGUUCAAGAGGGAAAAAGAAUGUUCAGUUAAUAAUAAAGUACAUGGUUCUUUCAUUUAUGUUGGUAGUCGUUACGGUGAUUGUCAUGCUCGUGUUGAUAUGGAGACAAAAAAAGAAAAGAGUGCCAGUACUCUCCGAUGAUGUCUCACCAUUAACGAUCGAAUGGAUAAGGAUGAGAAACAGGAGGAGAAUUUCAUACAUUGAACUAGAACGAGGAACGCGUUCGUUUAGUGAGGCCAACCUACUCGGAAGAGGAAAUUACGGCUAUGUGUUCAGAGCAACACUUGCUGAUGGGUUAAAAGUUGCGGUCAAAGUGUUCAACUUCCAACAGCAAGGUGCAACUGAGAGCUUUGAUGCUGAAAUUGAAAUAUUGGGAAGUAUUCGACACAGAAACUUAGUCAGACUUGUUGGAUGGUGCAGUUAUAGAGAGUUUAGAGCGUUGAUUGUGACUUACAUGCCAAAUGGGAGCUUGGAUGAGUGGCUACAUUCAAACAUGUAUGCUCUUGAUCUUAUACAGAGACUUCAAAUUGCAAUAGAUGUUGCUUCAGCAUUGGAAUAUCUUCACCAUGGUUGUAUCUCUACAAUCGUUCACUGUAACGUAAAGCCAAGCAAUGUGUUGCUCGAUCAAGACAUGGUUGCUCAUCUCUCUGAUUUUGGCAUUUCCAAGCUUUUCGAUGGAGUGGAAGGUAUCGUCUAUACACAAGCACCAACAACCAUUGGUUACACAGCUCCAGAAUUGGAAAUGGAGGGGAAAGUAUCAACAAAUGGGGAUGUGUAUAGUUUCGGGAUAAUGCUUCUGGAGAUUUUCACAGGGAAGAAGCCAACAGAUAAUAUGUUUAGCAAGAAAACGAGCCUAAAAGAGUGGGCAAGUGAAGCAUUACAACAAAAUGCGGUAAUUGAAAUUGUGGUGCCUACUUUGUUCUCAAGGCAAGAUCAACGUUACUCUGACAAGGAGCAAUGCGUGUCAUCAGUUUUUGAGCUGGCAAUAAAAUGUUUAGCCAUUUCACCUCAUGAAAGAAUCAACAUGAUUAAAGCAACAACGACCCUCCACAAGAUCAAAGAAACAAUUACAGAAAGUCGUAAUCGAUAUGCUUAUCCUGUUAGAAUUUUGUCUAAGUAUUGAUGCAUGUAGCAUAGAGUCUGUUGUGGAAAUUUGAAUUGCAAAACUUAUCAGUUCAAAGAUGUAUUGUUACCUUUUUUGAUCAGUAUGAAGUCGAUAUACAAUUAUAGGGGACAUCUAGACGUCUUUGUUUCACUACAACAUAUAAUUAAAUAACUUCAAGUCAUGUAAUAUAUAUUUUCACCUCGUCCUCUAGACGAAUAUGGCCGGAAGUAUAUACACCUCAGGAAUGGAGAGUAAGUGAACAUAAAUAAUACUACCUUUUUAUAAUCUUUUUGAAGUUACUAACCAUUUAUUGAUAUUGAUGCAGAUUGUUUCCUUCAAGAAUCAAGAGCCGCUGCCAAUAUAUGCCGUGAUCAAAACCAUUAACUCAUAGGCAUAAAUAUACUUUUCACUUUUCUCUAUCAAGUUUAUGGCCUCUAUUUUAAAUAUACUGAUAAAUAUAAAGAUUCCAGCCUUUGUUUACUAUAUUUAAACAAUCCUCAACUUGCAUUUGCUAUUUAUUUUGCAGAAACACGCAAACACAGAGAGCUAUGAUCAAAACCUCUACAGGAUUGCCUUAUGUGGUAAAUAUAAAGAGAGAUAUGGGGAUUAUAUCUAUAAUUUGAAACAGAAGAAGAAGAAACCAGCAUACUUUACCGAUGCUUUGUGGAAUGACUACUCCAAUGUGUGGAAGACACCUGCUCAUAUUGAGUCUUCCAAGCGAUCAUCUGAAAAUUGCAAGCAAGGCCGGGAGACUGCCCUUGGCACACAUAGCAAUGGCUGUGUUUCAUUUGCUGAGGCAGUAGAAAAGAUGGUUAAAACUGAAUUUUCUGGUUUGACUUGAUUACAUCUUUUUAUAAUGCUAACUCAUUUUCAAUAAUAUUUGCGGACUAGAGAGAAUAACGGGAGGCACCCUACAUUUUGGGAACUCUUUAACAAGACUCAUAGGCUAACCCGAAAAGACUCACAUGGGAUGUGCUCAUAGCGCGCCGCGGAAAUUGAAGUAAUUUCGUUUUAAAUUGCUUACCACUAUGUUUCUUACACUGAGCAUGGUAAUUUAGAACAAUUAAUUAUUUUAUAUGUGUUUGUUUGUUUAAGGAGCAAGUUUAGGUGAUUUAGAACAGUUAAUUUAGUUCUGGUCAGUUGCUAGUAAACUGAAAAAAAUAGCUUGAAUGAAUGAAUUAAUUUGAUCAUCAAUGAUUAAGUGAUGAAAA